AUGCCAUUGGAUGAUUGUGAAAAAACUGAGCCCCGUUUUACCCUUUGUCUCCCUGUAACGCAGACCAAGUUGGCCGAAUUUCUUAGCCUCCGCGACGGUUUCUUGCAGGCAAUCUUGUUGAAUGAACACUCGGGCAACCACAAGGCCCUUGCAGAGCCUGAACCCUCAACCAGAUCAAGAGAAUUUCCUUCUCAUCCUGACUUCAUUCGCCCAAUCAAGUUGGUUGGUAUUCGUCAAUCUUAUUCUUAUCCUUCCUCUCUUUAUCCUCUCUCCUGCCUUUUUAACAUCUUCAAACUGUUAACAACUUCUGCAGGUCCUUGCAAUGCGUGGGCCCCUUUGUUUUUGCCUCCUCCCUAUUCUGCUUCUCUUAUCUCGACUGCUAAUGUCACUUUGUCGUCCGAGGACUUAUUACUCAGUAAUACAGCGCUGGAGAACAACUUGUCACUUAGUUACUGCUCACACUCGGCUCAACUCAGCCUGACCGGCGCUGAGCAACUGCGUCUGAUGCAGGCUCUACUCUACCGGGCCGACUGGUGGCUACGAGUCGAGGCGGCCGGAAGAUGGUCCCGUGCUGGAUCCAGAGGUGGCUAUGACAGCCCCGGUGAAGAUGACAUCAAUGCGGAUGAUCCAUGUAAUGCCGAGUCACUUACUGCCCUUUCUUUAGAGGGUUGCCAACGGCGAUUGGCCAAUCUGGAGGUGAACUUCUUUUAUACUGCGAUAUUUACAAAUGGGCGAACUUUCACAAAGGCUUCUGGCCUUCUUAAAGAGAUAGAAAGUCUAAGAUGGUUUGGUCACAGUCUUCUUUAG